AUGGCAAAGAGGAUUGAUAGCUUACAAGUUGCAUCAGUAAAUGUCACAAGCCAACCAUCAACCACAUGGGGGCAGAAUGAAGAGAACCAAGAAGAUCAGCAGCAGGAACAAAUUCAAUAUGUGCACAACCUAGGUUCUGGAUCAAGUGAACUAAGAAGUGGAAAGAUCUUGGUGAAAGACGAAGAAGCAACCAAGAAGCCAAAGGAGAAUGACAAGAAGCAAGCUGAGAAAGAGGAAGCCAGCAACAAAGAAGUGACAGCAAGCAAGCAAACUUCAAAGAAGCUCAAAGAGAAGGAUGACCAGCCACAAAACUUAAGAAAAGGGAAGGAAGCAAUAGAAGGACUAUCUCAAGGACAGAUGCAAGUGGAGAAGGCUUUCACACCUCCCUUUUCAUAUCCUCAAAGGUUCAACAAGGAAACCAAUGAUCAACACUUCCCCAAGUUUCUUGAAGUCUUCAAGAAAUUGGAAAUUAAUAGUCCCUUGGCUGAAAAAGGGCUUCCCCCAAAACUUGAGGACCCUGGAAGCUUUUUCCUACCUUGUACCAUUGGCGACAUAAGCAUCAAUAAAGCAAUGUGUGACUUAGGAGCUAGCAUCAAUCUAAUGCCCUCUUCUCUGAUGAAAAGGCUAUGCAUAGAAGAGGUAAAGCCCAUACAGAUAACACUAGAGCUAGUAGACAAGUCUGUGGUGUUUCCCAAAGGUGUGAUUGAAAACCUUUUGGUCAAAGUGGAUAAGUUUAUAUUCCCUACAGACUUUGUGAUUCUGGACCUAGAUCAGGAAGAAGGUAAUUCCAUCAUACUAGGAAGACCAUUCUUGGCUACAGCAAGGGCUAUUAUAGAUGUGGAACAAGGGGCAUUGACUUUGAGAGUGAACGAUGAAAGCAUUACUCUAAAUGUCUUUCCAGAAACACAUCACUCUGAUGAAAAGAAAGACUGCAUGGAGAUCAAUAAAGAAGACUUGCAGUGGAAGGAAGAAACCAACAAGACACUCAUUAAUUCCCUUCCAAAGCAAGAAAUAAGCAACAAAGCAGGACAGAAGGAAAAUGAACUUGUGCAGAGUGAUGAGGGAAAGUAA